AUAUUUGAAUGGGCAACAAGCCCAUAUAAUCGUUUAUAGUUUAUAAUCGUAAUUAUAGCAGGGUAAAUUAUAAACGAUGUAUUUUUUUUAUGUAAGCAAAGGUUCAGGCGCUGUAUCCCGUUAAAACACUGUGUUAUAUAACGACAGUCGUAAAAUAUUACAUUCCUCAGUCCAGUGUAGCAGUUAAACAGCGUUAGGUUAUAAGUAACGGCCAGUUCAGGUUAUGGUCCCCAAUGACAUGGCCUCUUACUGCGGCCAAGCUGUAUAGACGAUGCAGAGCCAAGUAACGCAUUUCUAGCAUCGUUUACAGCAAUAACCAGAGGUGUGAACAUUAAUCUUAUGAUGUGUAUUUACGAAAGCAGUCGACUGGCAAAGGAUAGAUCUGUGUAGCAUAAACGUUAUCAGGGUUUGGGUAAUAGUGUAAUUUAUGUUUUUCGACCGAAUAAGUGUUUACUUAAAAGCGUUCGAGGCAAUUUAAAGCGAAAUUGCAAUGAUUAUGAUAAAACGUUGAUUCCACCGCCCCUUUAAGCGCCACUGAUUUAAAAGCGUGUACGCUGCCCAAGGGUCGCUAUACUUCAGCAAUAAAUGCCGAUAGAACUCUAAUUGGAACUGUAAAGGAAAUGAUUCUUUUACUGGUAUAGUGGCCUCGGUACUGUUAAGGCUAAAUAUAGAAGUAUAUGGUCUGCAAACAUGUGACGUCACACGUAAAUAAUUAAGCCAGGUGAGGCAGUGAUAAGACAAAACGUACGUAUGUGAGUUUUAUUUAACAUUGGUGAGGCUAAGGUAGUUUCAUACUGUAUAUGACACAGUAAGAGUUAGACCAGGUAUAUAGCGGUUGUAUCAUAUAACGUUUACUAUGACAAAAUAGGUUGAAGUGUGACGUCAUUUUAUAGGAAACGCGAAGCCCCGAGGAAGGGAAGCUAUAUAUGAUUGAAAUUAUUUUAUGUUUCUAUAGGGCAAGAGAUAAAUGAUAGCGGUAUAUUUAAAGUCAAGUGCCUGUUCUAUACUGUAUGUAUAUAUGUGGUAAUUUGAUGAAGGCCAUUCAAUGUGUAUAGCAAAACUUUCACUAUUCGAAUAUUGGUUUCUGAAAGAGUUUCAGCAUGUGUUUUGUAAAAUAUGAGCGUUUUAAAAAAUACGUAGUACCACUAACAGAUCCAGAGAGUUAUAGUGUACCGUGGUUCUAAAAAGUUCAAGAACCAAAGGUUUAGUACAUGGGGUAAGACGGGACACCGUUAGCACAUAAUAAUAUACUUUUUAAAGGUUUGCCGCCGAAAUGUCGGUUUCAUUUUAAACACAAGUCUGUAGAUAAAUUAUAGUAUGGGAAAAACUUAUGUGAAGAGUUAUGGUCGUUGCAAAUGGAUGGGAUUCGUUGCUGCAUUCUUUAUCGUGCUUACCAUUGCGUGUAUGAUACCAGGUGCUAUUGGUGUUGCUGGUUUGAAUCACUACAACGAUACUUUAUUAUAUUUGAGUUUAAUUGAUCUUCUUUUCGCUGGAAUCUUCUUCGUCGGUUGGUGGACUUGCCAAAUAGAAACUGAAGACGUUGUGUUUUUCGAACGUGAUAUUCCAGUGCGGAUUCAACCAAAACACUCCGGGUCCAUCUCAAGUCAAGGUUCCAACUCUGAGGUUGACGAAACAGAUUCGAAUCCAAAACAUGAACUUAUCAAGUUAAAAACAAAACAUUCGAAACAAGAAAUCGUCGACGAAACGUUAACCACUUAAAAGGUUUUAUAUUUUAUCUUUUAUUUUUCCUCAAGUGCCUCAUAAAGCACCAUUUCACGUUUGGUAAUUAUAAUUUAUUCAGGUAAUUUAUAAACACUAUUUCUAUUCACAUUAAUGCCUUUAUCUGCGUUUGUAGUUUAGUAUAAAUAUAAUAUUGAUAAUUUUGUAAUGUUAAUUUAUGGUAUUCGUCCUCAUGUUUACGCACGUAAGAUAAUGUAAUGCCAUGUGUUACUUACCCUUACUCCACUACCACGCACUUCUAAUGCAACACACGGCAGAUAUUUCUAACGGCAUGUUACGUUUUUAAACGCCCUUUUAUUGACGGAAGUCCGCUAUAGGCCCAACACCAUAUAGUCAAAGUUCACUGGCGAAUUUUACUUGGGAGUUUUACGCACUUUGUUUAAAUGGCCAUUUACUACAUUGGUCUUCUUGUAUCAGCGUACAUAUAUUUUAAUUUUUUUAUCGGUAUUGUAAAUUCCUUCUUUUUUAACCUAUGCAGAAAGUUCCAACCAUAAAUGUCUCGCUUUAUUAUUUCAUUUAAUUUAUUGCUAAUUACAUUGCAACACAAAUUUAUAAAAGGAUUGAAUCUUG